UGGAAAGCGAGUACGUGAGUUCCCAUUUGCACGAAUGGAUCGACCUGAUCUUUGGCUGGAAGCAGCGCGGCCCCCCCGCGGAAGCUGCCCGGAACGUGUUUUACUACCUCACCUACGAAGGAGCGGUGGAUGUGGACCGGAUCGACGAUCCCGUCCUCAAGGAAGCGACGGAGGCGCAGAUCCGUCACUACGGACAAACGCCCUCCCAGCUUUUCAGCCAGCCCCACCCCCCACGCCUCCCGCUACACGAUACGGUCCAACCCCUCGGGGCCUCCCUGGCCUCUCUGACGCACCUCCGUGCCUAUACCCCUCCUCAACACCUCCUUAGAAAUCUGUCCCUACCUGCCUUCUCCCAUUGCCCCUCCACCUUCGCCUCGCCCAGCGGGUCCACGGC